AUGAAUGAUGGAAGUAAGAACAUGAAGGAAAUCAUUCCAAGGAAAACAAGUAGAAAAUGUGCAAAUCACAUAAAGAUAUAUUUCAAACAUGGGCGCUCUCAACUGAAUAAGCAAAAGUCUAUUUUUAAGUUAACUUCUAGCCCUCGUGAUCAGGACUCAAAAGAUUCAUCAAUUCGAGCGAUAUCGAAAAUCAGAAAGGCAGACACAGCAGUUGGAAAAUUAACUUGGUUGUUAUUACUGCUUAUAGGAAUCGGUGGGUGCAUUCAUGAGACUGAGAAAUUUUUGAAAGUUUAUCUGACUCUCCCUAUUGUCAUUACAGUAGAGGAUGAAUACGAGUCGAAACUGAAAUUUCCUGCUGUUACUGUCUGCAACUUGAAUCGGCAGAAAAUUGUGUAUGAUUAUUGCAGAAACCUUGACAUCAUUAAUCGUUGUCAAAUCUUUAAUGCAGAUAUGAUCUCCGGAUUUAUGCCUUAUACUGAGCGACGAAACAUUAUUUCCUGCUCCUAUUUUCGAGAUCAAACUGUUUUCAACUUAAAAAGAAGCGAAUCAGCUUCUUUUGUUCGUUACAUGAAAAUGGACGAUGAAAACCGAAGAUUUACUGGACAUCAAAAAGCAGAUCUAAUCAAACAUUGUGUUUUCANUUCCUGCUCCUAUUUUCGAGAUCAAACUGUUUUCAACUCAAAAAGAAGCGAAUCAACUUCUUUUGCUCGUUACAUGAAAAUGGACGAUGAAAACCGAAGAUUUACUGGACAUCAAAAAGCAGAUCUAAUCAAACAUUGUGUUUUCAACAUGCAGUUAUGCUCUCUUGACGAUUUUAUUCAUUUCCAAAGCUUGCAAUAUGGAAAUUGUUUUACUUUUAACAAAAGUGAUUUAGAGUCGACAUCAAUAGGGUACAAAAGUGGUUUGGAAUUACAUUUGAAUGCAGAGACAGAACAAUAUUCAGCUACUACACCUAGCACGGCAAUCGGUGUAAGAGUAUCAAUUCAAGAUAUUUCAGAAGCGCCGAAUCCAGAAAAAGAUG